CGGCGCCGGCUGCGCCGCGGCGCCGGUUCGUCCCACAUCGGCGCGUCUCGCGAUGGGAGCCGUCUGCACCAACAGCUGUUCGAUGACCGGUCAUCUCCCUCCCUCAGUCGUCACGCCAUGAAUCGACUCCGACUUUGGUCGGGGAAUGGCAUCACCACACAUCCAAAGCCUUAGUCGCGCGGUCAUGCGUGGGUAUGUGUCUGUGGCCGAUUUUUUCCGGUUGGGUGAUCAGCAGCCAGGGAGAUCGUUGGUCUCUUUGGUGGAGUCUGUCGGCCGUGGACGACGGUAGCCAUUCGACGAGCGAACACCGGAGGCUGCGGAUCUCCGGUGCCGGGACUCACGAGACAACGGUGUGAGCUUAGAGAGUGAGAGAGUGAAACACAGUGGACUGUGUGGUCAGGAGUGAAGAGAAGAAGAGAGGCGUCAUGCCCAUCAACUCCAUCUGUCCAUUGCCUCAUACGGAGCACUGGGAGGACCUGCAUGACAUGGGCUUCAUCCAGCCUUUCAUGGACAAGAUGAACGGCAGCAGCAACGGUAUGAACGGCGGCACGUGCGAGCCAGCCACCGACGAGAGGGCCUGGACGGUGGGCCUGCUCAGCGGCGGAAAAUACCUCACAGCUGAGACCUUCGGCUUCAAAAUCAACGCCAAUGGCACCUCCCUGAAGAAGAAGCAGCUAUGGACAAUGCAGCCGACUGGAGACGCCGGUCAGAUCUCACUUCGCUCCCAUCUGGGCAAAUACCUGGCCGUCGACUCCUUCGGCAACGUUACCUGCGAGUCUGAUGAGCUGGAGGCGGGUGGCGUGUUCGAGAUCGCGCUCUCCACAGAUGGAAGUGGCCGGUGGGCGCUCAAGAACGUGGAGCGGAAGUAUUUCCUCGGAUCUGCAGGAGAUAAACUCGUCUGCAACGCCAAGGCGCCGGCGGAUUCUGAACUCUGGUAUGUCCAUCUAGCCGCGCGACCUCAGGUCAAUCUGUACAGUCUGGGUCGAAAGCGGUUCGCGCAUCUCUCCGAGGACCAGGACGAGAUCCAUGUGGACGCCAACAUCCCCUGGGGCGAGGACACCCUAUUCACAUUGGAGUUCCGCGACAACCACUACGCGCUGCACACGUGUAACAACCUCUACCUGCAUCGCGAGGGAGGACUGCAGAGCUCGUGUGCCGAAGACUGCCUGUUCAGCAUCGAGUACCACAACGGCAGUCUGGCACUCCGGGACCGGACGGGGAAGUACCUCUCACCGGUCGGGUCAAAGGCGCAGCUGAAAUCCCGCGGUAUUGCCGUCACCAAAGACGAACUGUUCACACUGGAGAAUUCGCUGCCCCAGGCCUGCUUCUCGGCUGCCCUCAACGACCGAUACGUCAGCGUGAAACAAGGCAUUGACGUCACGGCCAACCAGGAGGAGGUGGAACAGACGGAGCGAUUCCUGCUCGAGUUCGACCCCGACACCCGGCGCUGGUACAUUCGUACCAUGCAGGACCGCUACUGGACCCUGGAGAGCUCCGGUGGCAUCCAGGCGGCCGCCGGGAAAAAGUCUUCCAACUCCCUGUUUGACCUGGUCUGGCACGGUGAUGGUUCCGUAUCGCUGAGAGCCAACAACGGCAAGUGUCUGUCCGCCAAGAAGUCGGGCCACCUGUUCGCCAAUUCUGAGGAGAACGAGGAGAAUGCCAAAUUCUACUUCUACUUGAUCAACAGGCCAAUUCUGGUGCUGAAGUGUGACCAGGGCUUUGUCGGCUACAAGAGCUCCUCCUCCACGAAGCUCGAGUGUAACAAGACCAACUACGAGACCGUGCACGUGGAGCGGGGCGACAAGGGACGCGUGUUCUUCAAAGGUCAGAAUGGCAAGUACUGGACAUCCGAGGACGGCAUCUCUGCCUCUGGCGACGUACCCCACCCGUUCUUCAUGGAGCUACGCGAGCCCACCAGGAUGUGCAUCAAGGACGAGCACGGGGGCUAUCUCUGCGCUCAAAAGAACGGCGCCUUCGCUCUGGAUAAUACCGAUGUGUCCGGAGCCACCUACUGGGAGUUUUAGAAUAAGGGCUUUCUUUGGGCACACAGUGCUGUGAUUGUGACAAGAAGGCAAUGCUUAAUGCCUUUGGGAAGGUUGGAAGAAAACUUAAGGGAAGUUCCUCUUAGAGUGGUGCGUGUGUGGAGUGUCCACGUGCAGAAAUCUACGAAUUAUUUUGCUAGGUUUUGAACUCUGCGAGUUGUGAAUAUCGCUGGUGAUUCGGGAGCGAAAGUCAGGCUGUUGGCUUCUUUGUGAUCGGUGAGCUAAGACAGCCAGAUUACUUGAGUCACGCUGGAUUGACUAUAUAGAGGGCUUCUCGAGAGUAAAAGUGUUUCCUCGUUGAAGAGAACCUUUUGUAUCACACCGAUGUGGCUAAAAAGCGUGCCAGACAGCGUGUGAACCAAUACCCUGGUAUGAACUAUGAUUCCUCCUCUCUGCUCGUAUGCUAUCAGAAAGACAAUCGUUUUGAUGUUGUAAGACGCCCGAUUUCUUACAUUUGCUAGUGAGCGGGGAUCAAAUAAUGUCCAGAGUAUGAGUUCUGGGUGAGCUGAAGUGAGCUCACCGUUCCGUGCUUCUAUCCUCAGGAUACUGAAAUCCUUCUCCUCCACGCCGUAACCCCCCUCCGGGCUGGACAGGCAACUUUAUCUCAUGCGGGCUGCUCCCUUGGAGCGGCACCGCUGCUCCUGAGGGAGCGCACCCCGUAGCCGGGUGCAGUGAGUGCCUUGGGGCUGGGUGGCCUGUCCUCUGGACGGGCUCAGCCCCGGCGACUCACUAGGUUGCCUGCCCAGACCAAUGUCUCCCCCUAAUUCCUAUCAUCCUUCCGGCUCUGCAAUGGUCUUGUCAGACCGAAAGGGCCUAACCCAACAAAACAAAAAAACAAACAAAAUGAAGUGAGCUAAGUGAGUCUGGAUGGACUGGAAUGAGUUUCUGUUAAGCUCCGUUUGAGCUGGAGUGAGCAGUGUUUUUACGUGGUGAAAGAUGAUAUAGGAUGUAACACUGACUGAUUUCUCGACUGGAGAUGAAGCUCUAUUAUUUUGUCGGACUUGUGGUUUUGUCCUCUGCUUCUCGCCAAUACUGAUGAAUGGCAUCUGUGCAGAUAUUUAUGUGAAUAAACUGUGAGCUACUAAUCGA